GGCGGGCCGGGCGGCAGGUGAGUUGCCAGGUCUCCCAGGCUCCAAUCACUCCGGAGACUGAGCCAUGGGGGGAAAGCAGAACCGGGAGGAGGCCUACGGGAAACCAGCCAAACACGACCCUUCCUUUCGAGGCCCCAUCAAGAACAGGAGCUGCACAGAUGUCAUCUGCUGUGUCCUCUUCCUUCUCUUCAUUCUGGGUUACAUUGUGGUGGGGAUCGUGGCCUGGGUGUAUGGAGACCCCCAGCAAGUCCUCUACCCCAGGAACUCUACUGGGGCCUACUGUGGCAUGGGGGCGAACAAAGAUAAACCCUAUCUCCUUUACUUCAACAUCUUCAGCUGCAUCCUAGCCACCAACAUCAUCACUAUCUCCGAGCACGGCUUGCAGUGCCCCACGCCCCAGGUGUGUGUAUCCUCCUGCCCCCAGGCCCCAUGGACUGUGAGUAAGAGUGAGUACUCACUGACAGUCGGGGAGGUCUUCUACGCUGAAAACCGGAACUUUUGUCUGCCAGGAGUGCCCUGGAAUAUGCCAUUGCUCCAAAGCCUGCAACAAGAGCUCUGUCCAAGUUUCCUCCUUCCUUCCACUCCAGCGCUGGGCCGCUGUUUGCCAUGGUACAAUUACACCACUGUGCCCGAACUCCCAGGGAUCUCCAGCAACGCCUCCAUCAUCCAGGGGAUCAGUGGUCUUGUUGACAGCCUCAAUGCCCGCGACAUCAGCAUUAGGAUCUUUGAAGAUUUUGCCCAGUCCUGGUACUGGAUUCUUGUUGCCCUGGGGGUGGCUCUGGUCCUGAGCAUGCUGUUUAUCCUGCUCCUGCGCCUGGUGGCCGGCCCUGUGGUGCUAGUACUGAUCCUAGGGGUGCUGGGAGUGCUGGCAUAUGGCAUCUACCACUGCUGGAAGGAGUACCAAGUGCUGCGGGACGAGGGUGCCUCCAUCACCCAGCUGGGCUUCACCACCAACCUCAGCGCCUACAGCAGCGUUCAGGAGACCUGGCUGGCAGCCCUGAUCGUGCUGGCUGUGCUGGAAGGCCUGCUGCUGCUCCUGCUCAUCUUCUUGAGGCAGCGGAUCCGCAUCGCCAUCGCCCUCCUGCAGGAGGCCAGCAGGGCUGUGGGACAGAUGAUGGCCACCAUGUUCUACCCGCUGGUCACCUUUGUCCUCUUGCUCAUCUGCAUUGCCUACUGGGUCAUGAUCGCUCUGUACUUGGCCACAUCAGGACAGCCUCAGUACGUCCUCUGGGCACCCAAUGUCAGCUUACCUGGCUGUGAGAAAGUGCCAAUGAAUACAUCAUGCGACCCCACGGCUCAGCCCAUGAACUCCUCGUGCCCAGGGCUGAUGUGCGUCUUCCAGGGCUACUUGUCCACAGGUCUUGUACAACGUUCUCUCUUCAACUUGCAAAUCUACGGGGUCCUUGGGCUAUUCUGGACCCUCAACUGGGUACUGGCCCUGGGCCAGUGUGUGCUGGCUGGGGCCUUUGCCUCCUUCUACUGGGCCUUCAACAAGCCUCGGGACAUCCCCACCUUUCCCCUAGGUGCUGCCUUCAUUCGCACACUGCGCUAUCACACCGGGUCACUGGCCUUCGGGGCCCUCAUCCUGAGCCUUGUGCAGAUAGCCCGGGUCAUCUUGGAGUACAUUGACCACAAACUGAGAGGAGCCCAGAACCCGAUGGCCCGUUGCAUCAUGUGCUGCUUCAAGUGCUGCCUCUGGUGUCUGGAAAAGUUUAUCAAGUUCCUGAACCGCAAUGCAUACAUCAUGAUCGCCAUCUACGGGAAGAAUUUCUGUGUCUCAGCCAAAAACGCCUUCAUGCUGCUCAUGCGGAACAUUGUCAGGGUGGUUGUCCUGGACAAAGUCACAGACCUGCUGCUGCUCUUCGGGAAGCUGCUGGUGGUGGGAGGUGUCGGGGUCUUGUCCUUCUUUUUUUUCACUGGUCGCAUCCCAGGGCUGGGUAAAGAAUUUGAGAACCCCCACCUCAACUAUUACUGGCUGCCUAUUAUGACCUCCAUCCUGGGGGCCUAUGUCAUUGCCAGUGGCUUCUUCAGCGUUUUUGGCAUGUGCGUGGACACGCUCUUCCUCUGUUUCUUGGAAGACCUGGAGCGGAACGACGGCUCCCUAGACCGGCCCUACUACAUGUCCAAGGCCCUUCUGAAGAUUCUAGGCAAGAAGAACGAGGCGUCCCCAGGGAACAAGAGGAAGAAGUGAGAGACACAGCUCUGCACCCUGCCUGUAUAACCAGCCUCCCAGCCUCACCUCGUCUUUCAAAUGUUGAUUUUGUAGUAAAAAAAAUUUAUUAAAGGUUGA